AUGCGGCAAGUGGUGCUGCUCAUUGUGGUACUCGCCCAACUGCUUCAAGCGGAAUUCACUCCACAUUUUCGGAGGUUUAUCCAUGACAGUUUCGGUGUGAACAUUGCUGCCGUAUUGGAACGUACCGAUCUUGGUUUGGACGCAUCGUUUGGUGGUCAGCUGAACGAAAAUGACAAACCGAAAAAGCAAGCCAUCAUCCUUGUUCAUGGAAUCACAAACAAAAUUACGCGGUUUCUGGGAAUGGUGCAAUUUCUACGUUCACAAGGUUACACCAAUUCCGAGAUUUACGGUACCACAUGGGGUGAUGCCGGUACAACACCAUUUGGUCUUGUCGAUAUGAAAUGUUCAUAUGUGAAACAGAUCAGAAGUUUCAUUAUUGCCGUACAACAGUAUACCGGCGCUAAAGUGGACAUUGUCGCCUAUUCCAUGGGUGCUCCUAUAGCACGAAAAGCCAUUCUUGGCGGAAAUUGUAUGGAUACAAGGGAGAUACUGGGCCUCCUCUACACUGAAAUCAUCGACACUAUUCGUAUCGGCGCUGAGAGCGAAAUCAAGGCAGGUGUACUAUGCGUGGUACCGAUUCCUGUGGGCACGUGCAAUAAAAGGACCGGUCUACAUUGCGAUUCCGAGUUCCUGAACGACAUCAAUAGUCAGUCUGGAUACGAGGGAUCCCAUGUUUUCAGCAUUUUCUCUACGCCGAAUGAGAAGAUUGGCUUCCGAGCUUGUGGCAAACCAGUUUCGCCGAUCCGAGGUGGCACGGGUUAUGUGAAAAAGGAUGGAAUGAGUCAUGAUCAAGUUAUGGAUAGUACACAUCAUUUACAGAUGAACUUCAUGACAAAACAUGCCCCGAAAUAG